UUGUUUGAACUUGUUGAUAUGCAUGUAAAAGCAUUAUCUGUAUUAGGUACCUCUGAAGAACAGUAUUCUUUAGUUAUUGUACCAGAUUUAAUGAAGAAGAUACCAAGAGAUGUUGAACUUUCCAUCAGAAGAACAAUGUCUGUAGACCAUGAGUGGACCAUGAGUGAAUUUUUGAACAAGCUCAGAGAGGAACUUCUGUUCAGGGGUAUGGAUGAAGCAACACCAAGAGUGCAGAAUUCAAGAGAAGAGAGGAAUCCUAACAAAGGGAAAGCAUUUGCUAUUUCACCAAAUGCAACCUGUGCUUUUUGUCUUGGAGAGCACAGUAGUGCUGACUGUUCUGUUGUCACUGAAGUGAAGAAGAGGAAGUCAAUAUUGAUGAGGUAUAAGAGAUGUUUUUGCUGCUUGAAGAAAGGUCACCGUGUCAAAGAUUGCUACAACAAGAAGCCUUGCAGCAAGUGCAAUGAAGGGGAGCAUCACCCUGUGAUAUGUGAAAAAGAAGAGAGUGUUCCAAAUAUGCAUGUUGUCACACCUGGUGGAAUAGCAUAUCAAACUGUGUUAGCCAAAGUGAAUGUCAAGGGAAAGCCAAGUAUUAUUUGCAGAUGUCUGUUGGAUACAGGGUGUGAUAAGACAUACAUGUUGCAGAAAACUGCUAAUUUGCUGAAAUCCAAGCCAUUAAGACAGGAAAGAAAAGUUCUGGACACUGUGCAUGGAGAAAGGCAACAUAUCUGCUCAGUGUACAAGAUAGAAGUAAAAGACAUGACAGAAAAGCUGAAAUUUGAAACUGAGGUGUCCACACUCAGCAAGCUGACAUCUGUCAAGAAUGUGAAGCCCCAGAUUUUAAAGAAAAAAUUCAACCAUUUGAAGAACCUGGAAUUUUCAGAUAUUUCAAGUGAAAGAGAACUUGAAAUUGAUGUCAUCAUUGGAUUGGAAGACCUUUGCAAGCUGAAAACAGGAAACAUGAAAUGGGGAAAUGCUGGUGAUCCUGUUGCAGAAGAAACAACACUGGGUUGGACUCUAAUGGGACCAACAAACUCAGCAGAGGAUCAAAGUUGUUCAAGUUCACUGCUGUUGACAACUGAUAAGGAAAAUCUGAGCAAUCAGAUAGCCAAACUGUGGGAUUUGGAGACAGUAGGGAUCAGGGAAGAAAACUCAGUGGAAGAGAAAUUUGAAGAUACAGUAACUUUCAAUGGAGAGAGAUACAGUGUGCAGUUGCCAUGGAAAUCAGAUAGAGUCAAUUUGCAAACAAACAGAAAUCUUUGUGAAAGGCGGCUAAAUGCGCAACUCAGAAGAUUAAAGAAGGAACCGGAAAUAUUAAAGAAAUAUGAUGAUAUCAUUAAAGAUCAGAUAGAACAGGGUAUAAUUGAGGAAGUACCAGAUCAUCCUACAGGAGAAAGAAUCCAUUUCCUACCACACCAUCCAGUAAUACGUGAGAAUGCGGAGAGCACAAAUGUCCGAGUUGUGUACGACGGGUCAGCAAAAGAAAGAAAAGGAGACAAGAGUUUGAAUGAGUGUUUAUACACAGGACCAUCAUUGCUACCUAUGCUACAUGAUGUGCUGUUGAGGUUCCGGAUGUUUCCAGUGGCGCUUGUUGGUGACAUCAAGAGUGCAUUCCAUCAGAUCUUAGUUGAUGAGAAGGACAGAGACAGUAUGAGAUUCCUGUGGGUGGAAGAUGUCACAAAUGAGAAACCUGUGGUUAAAGAAUACAGGUUUACUAGAGUCAUUUUUGGAAGUGGACCAAGUCCAUAUUUGUUAAAUGCAACAUUGCAAAGGCACCUCAAGAAGUACGAAGAAGAAGAACCAGCAGUUGUCCAAAAUGUCUUACCAAACAUGUAUUGUGAUGACUUUGUGAGUGGAGCUGCUGACAGUACGCAAGCCAUAGAGUUGAAAGACAAAAUUACAGAGAUUAUGAGAAAAGGAGGUUUUCAACUCCAUAAGUGGAAGACCAACCAUGUGGAGGUCAGAAAGCACAUAGAGGAGAAAAGUGAUCAAAAAGAUUCAACUACAGUGACGUAUGCAAAGGAAAGCCUAGGUACCAAAGAUUCACAAAGUAAAAUUUUAGGAUUAAAAUGGAAUCCAGAAGAGGACACACUAGGAAUUAGUAUGGAAGCAGUGCUAGAUGUGAAGAAUGGUAAAGUGACGAAGAGAGAAGUCCUAAGCAGACUGUCAAAGGUAUAUGACCCACUGGGUAUUGUGGGCCCAGUUGCAGUUACUGCAAAACUGAUAUUCCAAGAUAUCUGCAAGGAAAACAAGGAUUGGGAUGAGCCAGUAAGCCCAGAGAUUGAAAUGAGAUGGAAGAAAUGGAUGCAAGCUGUUUCAAGGUUGACUGAACUCAAGAUUCCCCGAUGCAUUAUGCCAGCAAUCGGUGGACCAAGGAAGAUUUCAAUUCAUGUUUUCGGUGAUGCAAGCAAGGCUGCAUAUUGCACUGCUGUAUACCUUGUAUGGCACCAUGAAAACCAGUCAGGUGCACACCUUGUUACUGCAAAGACAAGGUUACCUCCAAUAAGGAAAGAGAUGACAAUACCCAGGUUGGAACUAACAGCAGCAAGGAUCGCAGCACGUUUGUUGAAAACAGUCAGAGAAACUCUAAAGAACUGGGAGCCAGAAGAGUUAGUUUUGUGGUCUGACAGCAGCACAGUGCUACAUUGGCUAGAGAAUCGAGGUCAAUACAGACAGUUUGUCCAGCGAAGAGUAGAUGAGAUACAAGCAUUAACAACGGAUGUAAAUUUGAAAUAUGUGCCCACAGCCGAGAAUCCUGCAGAUUUGGGCACAAGAGGAUUGUCUCCCCAGCAAUUAGAGCAAAGCAAGCUUUGGUGGAAUGGACCAGAGUUCAUAGUGGAUGGAAAUUAUCCCCACCAGCCUCACCUGAUCGAAACAGUUGAAAGCAAGGCUGAAGAAAGACAGUGUACACUUCCAAUUGCUGAAGAAGAACCAAGUCUGUCAAUCAACAAUUUAGUGCCUGCGGAAAACUAUGGCUCAUAUGGCUAACU